AUGUGGAGCUCUGAGGAGCUGGAAUGGGGUGUUGUCCCUCUAACACCACUGUCCCCACAGCAGAACCCCUUUGCAGGGCUGGUGAGCCCCCUGCAGGCAUCCUGGCUCUCUGGGAAGCCGUGGCCCAUGGAAUACAUGGCCCAGCUGGAGGCUCUGGGACACUUCCUGGAUGACAAGCAGCAGAUCCUGGAGGCCACUGCCUCUGACUUGGGCAAGGCACCCUUUGAAGCCGAAUUAUCUGAGAUCCUCCUGUGCAAGAACGAGCUCCAUGAGACCCUGAACAACCUGUCCCACUGGAUGAAGGAUGAGAAGGUGGGCAGGACUCUGGUGCUGCAGCUGGACUCUGCCUUCAUCAGCAAGGACCCCUACGGGGUGGUGCUCAUCAUAGCACCCUGGAACUACCCCAUCUAACUCUUCCUGGUGCCCCUCAUCAGGGCCAUUGCUGCUGGGAACUGUGUCAUUGUCAAACCCUCUGAGGUGUCCAGGAAGACAGAAUGACUUGUGGCAGUAGUGCUGCCCAGCUACCUGGACAAGGACUGCUUUGCUGUGGUGACUGGUGGUGUGCAGGUGACCACCAGGCUGCUGGAGAACAAGUUUGACUACAUCUUCUUCACUGGCAGCUCCCCAGUGGGGCGGAUUGUGAUGACAGCUGCUGCCAAGCACCUGACACCAGUGACACUGGAGCUGGGGGGCAAGAACCCCUGCUACGUGUCUGACACCUGUGAUGUGACCAACGUGGCGCGGCGCGUGGUCUGGGGCCGCUUCUUCAACGCGGGGCAGACCUGCAUCGCGCCCGACUACCUGCUCUGCACCAUAGAGAUGCAGGAGAAGCUGCUCCCAGCCCUGCAUGAGGCCAUCAGUGAAUUCAGUGGCCCCAACCCCCGAGAAUCCCCGGAUUUUGCCUGCAUUGUGGGGGACAGGCAGUUCCAGUGGGUGCAAGUGCUGUGCAGCGGGCGUGUGGCCAUCGGGGGACAGACGGAUGAGGCUGAGCGCUACAUCGGUGAGGCUUGAGGGUCACUCACCUCUUCAUCCUUGCACAGAGCAUA